UCGGUUGCCUCCUGUGCAGCAACCCCCAACAUCUCAGCUCUGAUCUGGCUUCUUGUCUCUCACCAGGGGGGGAAGCAAGACUUUUAUUUACCACCACCACCUCCUCCUCUCCCUCCAGUGAGAGACUGUAGCUCGAAGUGGCCAGUCCCUUUCACAGUGAAUUCCUCCUUCCGCACCCAGGGAUUUGCCUCUCCUCCGCUCAGACAAGCAAAAGGGAUCUGAGGGGGCAGCAUUGUCGUUGCCACUGGGAGAAGCUGUCACGAUGUUGGAGAGUACCGCCGGCUCUGCCUCUGUCACCCUGCCCUGCCUGUUGCUACUGACCAUCCUAAUACUCACCGAUGCGAAGGGCAGUUUUUACCCUCCUUACCGAUACAACCUCUUCACCUCUGGGUCCAGCCCUACUCUGAAAGGAACAGGACGGGUCACCGGCCGGCACAAGAACUACUGUGCCUAUAUUGUGAAAAAGAAUAUCACUUGCACGAUGCAGGACGGUACAGACACCUAUGUGAAAGCCGAGUACCACCAGUGUGCCUGGGGCCAAUUGAAGUGUCCGGGAGUGGUCAUGUACCGGACCUUUUACAAACCUAAAUAUAAAAUUGGAUACAAGACCGUUACAGAGUUAGAAUGGAGAUGUUGUCCAGGGUAUUCGGGUGAUGUAUGCCAGGAAGGUCCUACCGGACUGCCUGAACUUGUGCCAUCACACCCUGGACCCAGAAAAGGUUAUUAUGGUCCCAAGGCUCCGGAUGUCUAUGGAGAACGAAUAGAUCGUUUGGAAGAUGAAAUGCGACGUUUUUCACAAUCGUUUGAGAGACUCCAAUCCAUGGUGAGUGGGAUCAGUGACAGUCUCAGGCUAUCAAUUCAGGAAGACACCAAUAAAAUGAUUGUAUCAUUGCUGAAUAAUCUAAAAUAUCCAGAUUCUGUAGUAGGCUUUGGAUAUAUAACUGAUGGCCUGGAAAACCUAAGUAAAGGAGAAGCAACAUAUCCACCAGCAAUGGGAGACUUAGUAGCCAAAGUGACAGAGGUUAAGGAUGUCCUGAAAACAAAGAGUGAUUUGCUUGAUGAAGUUCAUGGGAUGGUGAUUGGCCACGAUGGCCAAAUCAGGCAACUUCUGGAGGCCAAUAGACCACCUUCGCCUUUAGCAACUGUGGAUUUCCUUGAUAGUUACAUAGAUAACAAGCUCACCAAGUUCAGAGCUGACCUACUAGAUGGUUUUGAAAACAAAUUCACCGAUGUACAAACUGUCUGUGAUUAUAAAGUAAAGUUGGUCCAACAACAGUGUGAAGAACAGAAGGGCAUAAAUCAAAGACUUGAAGGAAUGAUAGAUGGGACAGAAUCUGGCCUAAAAAAGGAGAUUAAUAACUUACAAACACAAAUCGAUGGUUUGGCUGUCACUGAAAAUUGCUGUGACACUGUUAAGUACCUAUCAGAAAAAAUCAAUGCUCUGGAACGGAACCUACAAGAAAUCUCGGACUAUCAAAUGUCAUUGACGACCCGGUUUGAGAGUGAGCUGCCACAAUUCUCCAGUAUUCAUGUGGAAAAUGUCUACGAUAGUAGGCUGGAUGACAUCGAGGCUAAAAUCAAUGCCACGGAGAGGAGUAUAGAGGAAAAUUGUCAGUCCGUAGAGAACAACAUGAAGGGACAUCUUGGAACUGAGCUGGAUGGAAUGAAGACUCUCCUGCAUGAUAAGCUAAAGGACCUUGAAGGCCGUGUUACCAUUAUUGUUGAGGAGUUGAGCAAUGUGUCUGUACCUGCCCACCUAGAGGGAGAAGUAAUCCCAAUGCUGGAAACAGAGAUUGCCGCAAUUAAAAAGAAAACUAAUGAUGGCCUAGAUAAUUUGGGAGGAAGGCUGGUAGCUUUGGAGAAUCUGUGUACUAUUGGUUGUACCUCAAUUAUUAAUGAAAUUGAAACUCUGAGAACAGAUAUUGAUGCUUGCCAGAAAAACUGCCAAGAUAUUGUGACCAAACUAGAUAAGAACUCUGGUCUACUUAAUAAACUUAACUACUCCAUGUUUGAAAUAAACAGAAAAAUUAAAGAGGAAGAAGAAUCCAGCGCAGUGCAGGGAGAAAUUACUUUAUUAAAGAUCAACAUCAACUCUGUUAACAGAACACUAAAAGGGAUCAAGGAUUCUGUCAACAAAUAUGCUGAUGACUUUGCAUUUGCCAAUUCAACAUGGGAUGAACACGAGCGCAAAAUGACAGAUGAGGUCCAUCUGAUCCAGCAGAUAGUGAACAGCCAAGGUUCCCAGCUCAUGUUUAAUGACAAGCGUGUCCAUGAGCUCAAAGGAGAUCUGGAACGAAUUAACCACAGGAUAAUGUCAGAUCUCCAUAACUGCAAGCACAAUGCUCAAGAUAUCCAGAAGGAAGUGUCACAAGUUGACAGACGAGUAGCUGAGAUGGAGAGUCUGUGCAGCAAAUUAAGUGCAGUAUUAAGGAGUCUGGAUUAUAUUAAGGAUGAUUUGGAUAAUCAUGCUGGUGAUCUGUGGAGUUACUUAGACCAAAUGAAUGGAACCCUUGUGGUACACAGUCAAGAUAUCACUGGUCUGAAAGAUUCAGUCCGUGAGUGCCAUACCAGAAUAACAGGCAUUGGAAAUCGGGCAUUAGAUGAUUUACAAGGACCCAUAGGCCCACCUGGAUCAUCAGGAUUACCAGCCUUUGAAAAACAUGUUAUAUUUUCUGUGGGUCUGACUGAAAAGCCCUACUCUGCCGAUAACGGUGUUGUAAGAUUCAACAAAAUUCUCAUCAAUGAUGGAAGUCACUAUGAACCCCGCACAGGUAUAUUUACAGUUCCUUACAGUGGACAGUACUUUAUUAGUGCUGUACUGACUCCUCAGAGAAAUGAGCGCAUUGAGGCUGUGCUCACUGUAUCCAACGUGAGUGUUGCACAAGUGGACACAGCUGGCUACAGAACUGAGCUAUUAGAAAUUGCUGUGGAUAAAAUUGAGAAUCAUCCUGGAGGUGGCCUUGCUGUGUUCAGCCUAAUUCUUGGUCUGAAAACUGGUGACGAAGUGAGUGUUGUCGUCAUGUCAGGAAAAUUAGCUUACGCAGGGACUGAGGAGCUACACUCUACAUUCAGUGGUGUUCUGCUGAACGAUUCACCAAGGCACAGUUGACAAAGCCCAGGUAAUUUUGACAGCAGCUAGAACUGAAGGAACUGGCCAUCAUCUGAUUUAAAAUGCUUCUUGUAGAGCAAACAGUGAACUGGAAAUAUUCAUUUCAAAUGUAAACAUUUGGCAGAUCGAACCAUACUAGAACCAAAAAUGGUAUGUGGCUAAUCUAUAUUUUUAAAUCAAGCACCACUGAGCAAAACACAAAUUUGGGUUGCUGCCUAUCAAGUAUGAUUACACCUUCAGAAAACAACAAGUUUAAGUCAUUGCCGCUGAUGUUUGUGCAUUAACCCUUUGAGAACAAGACAAAAUUACAAUAUUGACAAUACCAUUUUUUAAAAAUCUAGGAACACAUUUAAUAAAUGUCUGUUGCUUUUGUACAUAUAUAAUUCUAUUUUUAAUACAUAUUUUCAGAAAUUUCCAGUUUUACAUAGUUCAUGCAAAAAUACUUGUACUUAGAAAGCUUAAAGUCUCAGUGCUCAAAGGGCUAAAAUGCUAAGGAUUUUAUAUGGGAUCUUCAAAGAAAUGUUCCAGUUAAAUGCCCACUUAACCCCAAGAAUUCUUUUCCUCAAAGAAAGUGCCUCAAAAGUAAUAAAAUUUACCAUAUUAAACAUCAUCAAAUACAAGCUGAUGCAAGAUAAGCACUGAGGUGGCUGGGGGAAAAUCUCAACGUUUGGAGUUCAAAAAUAUUCUACAUUAGUUAGAUGAUCUGUACUAUACUGGCACCAUCACUGCUCACUACCAGGAUGUAAGCUACCAUUAGCCAGUUAGGCAUUACAUUAGCUAAUAAAGCCAAAGUUUUUUUUUAUUCAUAAUAGCAAAAAUAUUGACUCAGGUAGCAUUAAAACAUCCAUAGAGAUGCCAGUGUUAUUUUUUUCCCAAAUGUAAGCUUUAAAUUAAUUCUUUUCUAUGAAAAUCUGUCGACUGACCUUCAUCCUAAAUACUGGCUAAUGUUACAUAAUCUGUGCCAACAUUUAUUUUCUCAUAAAACAAUGCAUGAAAUCUUGUGUAUUGCAUUUUUUCACUCUAAACAUCCAAAGAUUCAGAUAGCAUAUGUACACAGAAGGAAAGCAAUUACCUAGGUUCAGCACUAGCAAACACCAAUCAAAGCGAGAAUGAGAACACAAAAUUGUGUGCACAUCUGUACGUAUGUGGUCAAGAAUUACAAAAUUUCACCUAGUUUACCAACUACAGUCCACUAGUUCAGUUGUCUUUAACAAUGAAAUGAUACACAACGUUUGAUGAAGAUGAAUAAGCUUUUAUCAGUUGCCAUCUGCAAGAUUUGAACAUUAUGGGAUCCAUAAAUAUUUUCUGCACCAGCAAAACAUUUGUAAAUCUUGUGCUUUAUUGGAUCUGUAAAGUUCAAGCACAGUCUGUGGCAGAGACUAAAAUGAGAUCUUCUAUGUUGUUUAAAAAUGUUAAUGAAUGGUUGUGAAAGAUCAAGGACUGUUUUGUGGCUGAGUGUAUUUCACUGGGUUAAGGAAAAAAACUUUCAAAUUCAAAUUUUGAAUGGGCAGAAACAAACUACCAAAUUUUUGAUCAGAUGACUGUAUUUUGGGGAAGGUGACACUUGUUCAAGAUGAAGCAAACUGCCACAUUUGUAAUAAUUUAAAACAUUUUGUUGAAAAAUGUAUUCAAAUGAGAAAGUAUAAUUGUUUAUCUUUUUUAGUAAUAAAUGCUAGCAUUACAUUGCAAUUCAGUCAUUUGUAAUUGACAUUGAAGAACUGUUCAACAUACGUAUGAACUUGAAGUCCUCUUGUUUUGUAUAUUAGUGUACAUCUUUGAACAUAUGGAACUAAACUUUGUGAACAAGUAUUGGUGCUAUUUUCUGUAAAUUAAAUACACAUUUUCUACUGUUUAAUUUAAUGUUUGCAAUAAACAUAUGGUUUGAAAUUAA